GGGCUCCACUAGCCUCCCCAACUCACUCCGUUCGCCGUCCCGGCCGCCGCACGCUCCUCCUCUCGCCAUCGUCCACCGCCGCCGCGGCGCCGCCUCCCUCCCUCCCCUGGCCGCCACCCCAGGUUGUUGCGGCGCGGAGGCCCAUCCCGUCUACCCGGAGUUGGAUCGGCUGCUCGAGUUGCCGUGAACACUUCAAACCAGGGAAUGGCAAUGUUUUGGACAAGAGGAUUAAAGUAUGUUGUUGUUCCAAGGCAUGCGGCUCAACUGGUAGAGAGUAGAGGUCUUGCCAUUGCAAGCAAGGCAAAAAAGGGUGGAAAAGGUGGCGCAGCUGAUGCCGCUAAAACUCCGGCACUCAGCAAAGAGCUUAAGAGUACAACAGUGUUUGGGGCAAACAUCCUCAAGGAGGGUUCUGAUCCGAAAAUUCAACCAGACUCUGAGUAUCCCGAGUGGCUGUGGCACCUGCUCGACAAGCGUCCUGUGCUAAGUGAGCUGCGGAGGAAAGAUCCCAAGACACUUCCUUACGAAGACCUGAAGCGUUUUGUCAAGUUGGAUAACCGAUCUCGGAUCAAGGAAAACAAUGCUCUCACUGCUAAGAACUGACCUGGAGAGUCUCAUCAAGAAACAGGGGCUGUUAUUUUGUCCACUUUAUCUAAAUAUUUACUAUAAUGAACUGUUUUUGGCAAUAACACAGUGUUUCAGAACAUUAAAGUUUGUGGAGUUGCUUGGUUUGGUACUAUUAUAAGGCAGCCAGGAUGGUUCUGUUUCAUUUUGCGAAGAUGUAGCUUCUGCUUCUUGUGUCAUGUGCUGUAGUAAUUCUCAAUUUCCAUGGUUCUGUGGCAUUUAUCAGGUGUUCAAUUGUACUAUGGUAUUUCACAGUUCACACAUCUUUAAUUUCAUCUGAAUCUUGUUGGGAGGUGAAAAAUACGAUGUAACUGGAUUUUUCA